UUGAAAUGUCAAGAAAUGUCAUGACAAACUCCGUCAUGACGAAUGUUGUAGACAUGGGUAGAAAACCAUGCAGCAUCUGCAUCUGUAUCACCAAGUGGAUUCCUGUCAUUUUCAUCUUGAGCGUCGUUGGAUGGUCAUAUUAUGCAUAUGUCCUUGAACUGUGCAUUUAUACGGUGGAAAGUUAUGUUGAGAAGACAAUAUACCUGAUCUUCUACCAUGUAAUCCUGGUCCUGUUCAUAUGGUCCUACUAUCAGACAGUGAUGACGCCCAUCAGCCGAGUCCCAAAACAGUUCCGUCUGAGCCAGCCGGACCAGGCGCGGUUCGAGGCGACCGAGGAGAGCCGGCUGCAGCUGCAGCUGCUCGACCGGCACGUGGCCGAACACCAGCUGCCCGUCCACAACCGCACCCUGGCGGGCGCCGUGCGCUACUGCGACAAGUGCCGCCUCGUCAAACCGGACCGGAGCCACCACUGCUCCGUGUGCGGCGAGUGCGUGCUGAAGAUGGACCACCACUGUCCCUGGGUGAACAACUGCAUAGGAUUUUCCAAUUACAAGUUCUUUGUACUGUUUCUGGGGUACGCUUUUGCGUACUGUAUAUAUAUCGCCUUGACAUCAUUGAAGUACUUCAUCGGGUUCUGGAGGGACGGCUUGGAAGGGAUGGCCCGGUUCCACAUCCUCUUCCUCUUCUUCGUGGCCGCGAUGUUCGGUAUCAGUCUGAUAUCGCUCUUCAGCUAUCACUGCUACCUGGUCCUGAGGAAUCAGUCGACGCUAGAGACGUUUCGGCCGCCCGUGUUCCAGUCGGGCCCAGACAAGCGAGGCUUCAGCAUGGGCCGCUACAACAACUUCUGCGACGUGUUCGGCGACACCAAACUCAAGUGGUUCCUGCCGCUGGCUACCUCGCUGGGAGACGGCGUGGUGUUCCCGAUGCGACACCAGCCGCCCAGCUCCGUCAGCUACGGCUCCACCUACGACCCGACUGCCACG